AAAAAUAAAUUGCGUGUGUUUUGACUUUGUGACGAUUUGUCAGUUUUUCUCACUUUAAUCGGUAUUAAGUGCGCUAUUUUCAGCCGAAAAGUAGUACCAACCGCGCCAGAUAAAAUAUGGAACCGUUUGCAUGUUUUAUGGACGUUGAAAAUUCUCGGUCCUAUAUUGACGAGUUAUACUCGGAGGAUACGUACAAAUGCCAAGAGGCUAUUGUAUGUCUAAAGAACGCCGUUAUUGGAUCCAACAAGAAGAAAGGUUCUGUCAUUUCUCAGGGUAUCGUUCCCAGAUUGAUUUCCUUGUUGCGUGAUGAAACCAAAGCACCCAACUUACGAUUAGAUGCGGCCAUCGUAAUUGGUUCGUUGGCCAAAGGAACAGAAUCUCAGGUGCAUUCAUUGAUUUAUUAUGAGACGGUUCAGGUGCUGUUAGGAAUCGUGGUCAAUCCUAACACUGAAAGGCGCCUAAUGGAGACAUGCUUGGGUGCCCUGAAAACCGUCCUUCAGUACCCGUUUGCACCAAUUGAAUUGCUGCAUUCUAACAUAGGAAAUCUGGUUCGAUUGAUUCAUCUCGCUUGCCCAGAGAGCUCCAUUCAGUGUCAGGUGUAUGUGGCAAAUAUUUUUGUACCGUUGUGUCACUCGUCCCACCAGCAGAAAAAUCUUUGCCAGGCCAACGUAAUUCCGUUCCUAGCACGGUUGAUGACUAGCCAACUCACUAUCCUUCAAGUACCUGCCCUCAAGUGUCUCGCGGCAAUGUGCUUCACUAACAAGUACGUAUCGGACAUAGUGUGUCUGACUUGCCAUGAAAAUCGCUCGAUACUAGACAUUCUGACGGAACUGUUAUCGAGAACACGCGACGUUCAAAUUCAGUUAUCAGCCAGUCGUUGUUUGACCUACCUGCACCGGUCGGGCUCGUUGCGUGCGGAUGACUAUAGAAUCGUCUAUAAAACACUACCCAGCUUGGCACGGCUCUGUUCAGUGGACUUCGAAGAAGAAACACGAGCGACGGCAGCCGAAACAUUGGCAUAUUUGGCUGAGAUUGACUCUGAACUGCAGCGUCUGGCGGCCAUCAGUAAUCAUUUGAUUUGUUCGCUUGCAAGUUUGAUCCGCUGUCCGUCGCCAUUGUCGCGCCAGGGAGCGUUCCGAUGUUUCGCUUCACUCGCCGCAAACGACGAGGACAUACGGAAGCGAAUCAUCGAGAUGGACGGACUGAUGGAGGAAGUACUGAACGGAUUGAAAGACACAUGUCCAGAGGUUCGACUCUCCGCGGUCCGGUGUCUCCAUUCGUUGUCUAGAUCGGUGCAAUUACUGCGAACAACGUUCCAGGAUCAUUCGGUGUGGCGCCCUCUGAUGGAUCUGUUGGUUGGUGAACCUUCCCUAGAACUGUUAACCGUGGUCACGUCGACUAUUUGCAAUCUGCUGUUGGAGUUCUCACCUGCAAAAGAACCAAUGCUUGAAUCGGGCGCGGUGGAGAUGUUAAGUGAACUGACCAAACAUAGUGACCCGGCACUUCGAUUAAAUGGCAGCUGGGCACUUAUGAAUAUGGCUUUCCAGGCCGAACAACACGUCAAGUCGAAAAUAAUCAACACGUUAGGUACGGAUCGGAUAUUCCAACUGUUGGGCGAUUCGGAUGAGCGUGUGAUAAUGAAAACCCUAGGGCUGUUGAGGAACCUACUGAGCAAUACUCUGCACAUCGAAAUCAUUAUGUCGGAGCACGCAUCGGAGGUGUUACGGGCGGUUAAUCUAGUCCUGGAUGGACCCCAUCCGCCUGAAGUGAAGGAGCAAGCUUUAAUAAUUAUAAGUAACAUUACGGCCGGUGCACGUGAUAAAGAUUACGUGCUUGAGGACGAAAAUAUUCUUAAGAAAAUUAGAGAGUUUUUGGUCGUGUCUGACAAUAAACUGCAGAUGGGAGCUGUGUUCGUAGUGCGAAACCUUAUGGACAAAAGCGGGAGGCAAAAAAUGCUGCGAGAAUCGGGAAUUCUGGAGAAUUUAGAACAACUAUUGCAUAUGACACCCCGAGACUCACAGUUCUAUGAAGAAUUGCUACACUACACAGCAUACGGCAGGAGAUUUUAAGGUUCGACUUCUCGGACGAGCACUGAGUUUGUCCCUCUAGUGUCUAUCAACACAAAAACAACAACCACCACCACCACAACAACUAUCACCAUUACCAUCGUGGAUCCAUUGUUGACGUGUUGUUUGCAACUGUUGGAAUAAUGGUUAAAAGUAUCUUCCUCUAUUGCUGCCACAAGCUGUGGCUAUUUCUCUUAGCUCGAUAUGCCCGCAGUAGCAACAGGUGUCACUACGAAUCGUAACGAGGUGUCCCUGAGCCUGCUGUAACUUCCAAAAUUGCAAAUUUUGGAACGAUGGGAGAUGUCGUUUGGCAGCAAUGUUUGUUAAGUUUAUUCUAAUUUUAUUAAUUUAUUUAGUAUCUGUGAACAAACACAACACGUGACUAGGCUGGCACGAGAGAUGCAUUUUGUUCGGUAGCAGAUGAUCUUGUUGAAUAGUUUAGUUUAUUUGUUUCCAAAUUUUGACCGUGAAACGAUUCUGAAACCGGGCUCUAAUCAAUUUUGCUCUCUCGCCGUCAGUCCGAUAUAUUGUAGAGUGCGAAAAUCAUAUUGUAUGUAUAUGGACACACAAAUUGUAUAUAUUUUCAACUUCAAUUCAGUGUAACUCAGAAACUUAGACUGGAAAGCGGAAACUGAGAGUUUUUGCUAUAAAAUCACGUACUGAUGCAUGUACUUGUAAGAAUGAAUGAGAACAGGAAUGUCAUUACAUAGUGGACCGCAUGCUUUAUUGAAAAAAAUGCGUACACCAAGCAGAUAGAUCCUUCCAACGCAAUUAAUGAAAUUUAAGUCACAAACGAAAGCACGGUGUCAAAAGGCAUUUAGUAGGAACGAAACCAAGUUUAUAAUUUGUUUUUUUUUUUACUGUGGGGCAGACUAUGAGUAUGCCAAAAUCAGUUAGUCUGUGCGAUUUUCGUGUCCUACAAAAACUCUAGAUAGCCCCAUAACAGCAUGUACAUAAUGGAAAUUGUUAUUUGUUUAAUUAUCGAGGCUGACGUGAAUUAUCUCCUAAAAUCUUUGAUAUACCUGUUCCGUAAAGAUCCAUAAUAAUAGGGACACAGAGAUGUGAAAUAAAUCCAGUGAUCAAAUUAUUAUUAAAA